CUCAAGAUCCUCGCCAUGGCCUCCAGAAAGAAGGUGAAUAGGUACGACGAGAAUUGGGCGAAGCAGUGGUACGGGGCGGGGCUCUUCGUGGAGGGCAGUGAGGAGGUGAGCGUGGACGUGGUCAAGAAGCUUGAGGAGCGCAAGGUCCUCAGCGGCGUUGAGAAGCCUGGCCUCCUCUCCAAGGCCGAGCAACUCGGCUUCACGCUCUCCUCCAUCGAGAAGCUCGGGUUCUUCUCCAAGGCAGAGGAGCUCGGCCUCCUCAGCUUCCUCGAGCGGGCCGCCGGUGUCUCCCCCUCCGUCCUCGCCUCGGUGUCGCUGCCGCUCUUGCUCGCUGCCGUCGCCGCCGUUGUCCUUAUCCCCGACGACUCCGCCGCGCUCGUGGCCGCGCAGGUCGUCGUCGUCGCCGCCCUCUUGAUCGGCGCCGCCGGGCUCUUCGUGGGGUCGGUCUUGUUGGGCGGGCUACAAGAGUCCGACUGAAGGGCGACGAAGCCAGUGCUCCGCGGUGUACGUCCGAAGUGGUAUUCUUCGAUAGACUACUCCCUUGGGUUUUGCUCUAUUUAUUUUUUUAAUAAAUAUAUUAUAGUUGUGCUGUUACGGAAUUAUUUGUAUCAACUUUUAUGCUCAUAAUGCUUAUAAAUGAUGCUAGUUUCUAAGAA